AGCACAAGAAUUGUUAGGGGAAAAAUUGGAAUUGAAAUUGGAAGUGAUAUAUAAAGUUAUAAACAAAACACAAAGCUCGCAAACACAGCAGAAGCAGCUGCAGCUAUGGCGGCAGCUUGAACCUUGAACAACCUUUCUCUCUCUUCGAUUCAUUCAUUCUCUAUUCACAACAAUGUCGAACGUGUCGAACAAAAAGGCCAACAAGCUAGCAAGAUUUAAGAAGUACGCUCAACCUACCAAAAUCGAUGAAUCUACCAGGCGUCGAAUAAUUCGAACUUUGGAAUCUUUUCAAUCUUCUGAUGAAGAAGAGUACAAGUUUGAAGCUGGUUUGUCCAAUGAUGACCGUCGUUUUGCACAUUUAUUGGCCCAAAAAAUGGGGUUUAAGUCUAAAAGUUAUGGGACUGGGAAGGAGAGGAGAUUGUCGGUUCGAAAAGGCAAUAAGAAGGGCGGGAGUGAUAAUCAGUCUGCGAAUCUUCCUCAUUUCACAUUCUCGGAAGAGGCAAAACGGGCAAUGGGCGAUUUAUUUGCUCAUUUUCCACCUGGUGAUGGAAACUUGAAGGAUAUGGUUGGAGAAAAGAGCGGCAGCAUGGUCAAUGCAAGACAUAGGCAUUCUGAUAUUUUUAGCAGACCCAUAAUGACAAAAGAUGAAAUUACUCGGAAAUUGGAAGCUGUAACUUCUAGAAGGGAGACUGUAUCUGACUUGAAAGUGAUCACUGUGUUGAGAUCUAAGCUACCGAUUGCAUCUUACAAGGAUGCAAUUACAUCAGCAGUUGAAUCCCACCAGGUAGUUCUCAUAUCCGGUGAGACUGGCUGCGGAAAGACUACUCAGGUCCCACAAUAUAUUUUGGAUUAUAUGUGGGGUAAGGGUGAGACAUGUAAGAUACUUUGCACUCAGCCACGGCGUAUCUCUGCAAUGUCAGUUUCUGAAAGAAUCUCUAGAGAGAGAGGAGAGGCUGCUGGAGAAAAUGUUGGAUACAAGAUACGCUUAGAUAGCAAAGGUGGACAGCAAUCAUCUAUUGUGCUAUGUACUACUGGAGUUCUAUUAAGGGUGUUGGUUUCUAAGGGUUCUCGUCGGUCAAUGAAAAAUCCUGCGAAGGAUGAAAUUUCUGACAUCACUCACAUCAUUAUGGAUGAAAUUCAUGAAAGGGACCGAUAUUCAGACUUCAUGUUGGCAAUAAUGAGAGACAUGCUCCCUUUAUAUCCUCAUCUACGUCUGGUAUUAAUGAGUGCUACCAUUGAUACUGCGAGAUUUUCUCAAUAUUUUGGGGGAUGCCCAGUUAUCCAAGUUCCAGGGUUCACUUAUCCGGUCAAAACAUACUAUUUGGAGGAUGUACUUUCUGCGGUAAAAUCAAGCAAUGAUGAUGGUUCCACAUUUAGUAUUCCAACAAACAAUCACAUGAUAAGUGAAGAACAUAAGCUUUCCUUUGAUGAAGCUAUUAAUUUGGCUUGGUCUAAUGAUGAGUGGGACCUACUGUCAGAAUUAGUUUCUUCCGAAGAAACCCCAGAACUCUUCAAUUAUCAGCAUUCUUUAACUGGCCUUACACCGUUGAUGGUGUUUGCCGGAAAAGGUAGAAUUGGUGAAAUGUGCAUGCUCUUAUCUUUUGGUGCUGAUUGCAAUUUAAGGUCCAAAGACGGAACAACUGCACUAGAGAUUGCUGAAAGGGAAAACCAACCAGAAGCUGCUGAAAUAAUAAAGAAACACAUGGAUGGUUCCAGCUCGACAGAAGAGCAGAGUAUACUUAACAAAUAUCUUGAAAGAGUCCGACCCGAAAUAGUUGAUGUUGUUCUGAUAGAGCAGCUGAUAAGAAAAAUAUGUACUGAUUCAAAAGAUGGAGGCAUCCUUGUUUUUUUUUCAGGAUGGGAUGAUAUAAAUAGAGCGCGCGAGAAGUUGCUAGCAUCCUCUUUUUUUAAUAAUCCAUCAAAAUUUGUGGUCAUAUCUCUGCAUUCAAUGGUUCCAACCUUGGAGCAAAAGAAGGUUUUUAAGCGUCCACCUCCUGGCUGCCGCAAAAUUGUUCUCUCAACCAAUCUCGCUGAAACAGCUGUCACCAUUGAUGAUAUAGUGUACGUCAUAGACACUGGGCGAAUGAAGGAAAAGAGUUAUGAUCCUUAUAAUAAUGUGUCAACUCUUCAAUCAUCUUGGAUUUCAAAAGCGAGUGCGAAGCAACGAGAAGGGCGUGCUGGCCGUUGUCAACCUGGAAUUUGUUAUCAUUUGUAUUCAAAGCUUCGAGCAGCGUCAUUGCCAGAUUUUCAGACUCCAGAACUCAAGAGAAUGCCUAUUGAGGAGCUAUGUCUGCAGGUAAAGAUGCUUGAUCCAAGCUGCAAAAUAGAGGUGUUUCUUGCGAAGACAUUAGACCCACCAGUUUCUGAGUCCAUACGUAAUGCAAUUGUCGUCCUUCGUGACAUUGGUGCAUUAUCAACUGAUGAAACGCUUACUGACCUUGGAGAGAAGCUUGGUUCUCUACCUGUUCACCCAUUGAUAAGCAGGAUGCUUUUUUUUGCUAUCUUAAUGAACUGCCUUGACCCAGCUUUAACCCUAGCAUGCGCAUCUGAUUAUAAAGAUCCAUUUACACUUCCAAUGUUACCUGAAGACAAGAAGAGAGCCGCAGAUGCCAAAACUGAACUUGCUUCUUUAUAUGGGGGUUGUGGUGAUCAAUUUGCCGUACUAGCUGCAUUUGAAUGUUGGAAUAAUUCAAAGAAAAUGGGUCUAGAAGCUCGGUUUUGUUCCCAGUAUUUUGUGUCUGGAGGCGCCAUGAAGAUGUUAUCUGGCAUGCGUAAGCAGCUCCAAAAGGAACUUAUCCGAAUUGGAUUUAUUCUUUCUGAUGUUUCAAGCUACAGCAUGAAUGCGCAUGACCCUGGUGUGUUGCAUGCGGUUUUGGUAUCUGGUAUGUAUCCAAUGGUUGGGAGAUUAUGUUUUCCAAAUAAAGGUGCAAAAAGGGCUAUAAUUGAAACUGCAAGUGGUGAUAAAGUUCGCUUGCACAACCGUUCCACAAAUUUUAAGUUGUCGUUCAAGAGAAAUUUAGGCCACACUCUAGUUGUGUUUGAUGAGGUUACUCGCGGUGAUAUGGGUGUUAACAUAAAGAAUUGCAGUCUUGUAGGACCACUUCCACUCUUGCUGCUUUCAACUGAGAUUGCUGUUGCUCCAGGAGAACAGAAUGAUCAUAAAAAGGAGGCGGAGGAUGACGACGAUGAUGAAGGGAGUGGAGAUGAAGCUGGAAUUGAUGAUGGGAUGGAUUUGGAUACUAAAUCCAUUGGAAACAAUGAGGAUAAGUUCAUGUCCUCCCCCGAUGAUAUGGUUAGAAUAAUCGUGGACCGUUGGCUUUAUUUUGGUUCAACAGCAAUUGAUGUUUCUCUGUUAUACUGCCUAAGAGAGCGAUUGUCAGCGGCAAUUUUAUACAAAGUAACAUAUCCGAGCAAUCCUCUUCCUCCCAUCCUAGGGGCAUCUAUACAUGCUAUAGCUUGCAUUCUAUCUUGUGAUGGGUGUUCUGGCAUGUCAGUGGCCACUGAUGGCGUGGACAAUCUGACAACUAUGGUAAAUGCGACAAAUCUAGGGAAGCCGCAGCCACAGCCGCAGCCACAGCCGCAGCCGCAGCCGCAGCCGCAGCCGCAGCCACAGCAACAGCCACAGCCACAGCCACAACGGUAUGGUAAUAGACCAAAAGGAUCCUCUGCAGCGUUUAUAAAUCAUGGUGGACACCAGAACCUUGGACCUUCUACAGCCAGCACAUCUACUUCAAGGAACGUUUGAAAUCCAAGUGGGAUCAGUUCCGAAUCUCUCCCCCAUUUCACUUGAUAAUGGUUUAAUGGGAGUUAAGAUUAUUUUUUGUUGUGUAGUUAUUACUGUUAACCUUUUACUAGAAAAUAUGUUAGCAUGUGUCACAUUCAGUUUAUAUAGAAUGUCAAUCUUAAAUAUUAUGCUGGCAUGUGUUUAGUUGUGACAGUGAAAAAUUAGACGGUGUUUAGCUUAUAUACACAAUACGAAUCUUAAAAUUUCAGUUGCCCUUUCGGUAUGUGUUUCAA